CGUUUCUUGGGAGUUGUUUCACUUGCACCUACAACUGCAUAACAACCCUUGGGAGUUGAGAUCGGAGCUCAUCAACCGAAUCAGUUUCCCCAAUGGCCCACGAGGCAGGCGCGGCGCUCCUCGAGACGCGGCCGCCCUCGGCGGCGGAAGGCUCAUCACAUUGGUGCUGGUGCUGGUGCUGGUGCUGGCAGGGCCUCGCCGGGGCCGAGGCGAAGCGGCUGGCGCGCCUCGCCGGGCCGAUGGUCGCCAGCUGCUUCCUGCAGAACGCCGUCAACGUGGUGUCCCUCAUGUUCGUCGGCCACCUCGGCGAGCUUCAUCUCGCCGGGGCCUCCCUCGCCAUCUCCGUCACCAGCGCCACCGGCUUGAACAUCAUCACCGGCAUGGCGUUUGCGCUGGACACGCUGUGCGGCCAGGCGUUCGGCGCGCGGCAGUACCACCUCCUGGGCGUGUACAAGCAGCGCGCGAUGCUGGUGAUCGGGCUGGCCUGCGUCCCCUUCGCGCUCGUCUGGGCGAACGCCGGCCGGAUCCUCGUGUUCCUCCGCCAGGACCCCGCCGUCGCGGCGGAGGCCGGCGCCUACGCGCGGUGGCUCAUCCCGUCGAUCGCGCUGUACGUGCCGCUGCAGUGCCACGUGCGGUUCCUGCAGACGCAGAGCCUCGUCCUGCCCGUCAUGGCGAGCUCGGGCGCCACGGCGCUCUGCCACCUCGCCGUGUGCUGGGCGCUGGUGCACAGGGCCGGCAUGGGGAGCAAGGGCGCCGCGCUGAGCAACGCCGUCUCCUAUGGCCUCAACCUGGCGAUCCUGGCCCUGUACGUCAGGCUGUCGAGCGCCUGCGGGCGGACAUGGAACGGCUUCUCCGUGGAGGGGUUUAAGGAGCUGCGUCAGUUCGCCAAUCUUGCCGUGCCGUCUGCGUUUAUGAUAUGCGUGGAGUUUUGGGCUUUUGAAAUCAUUGUCCUGCUGUCUGGUCUCCUGCCGAAUCCUCAGCUGGAGACUUCAGUGCUGUCAAUUUGCCUUAACACUUCGAUUCUGCUGUUCAUGGUACCACUGGGUCUCAGUUAUUCUGUUAGCACCCGUGUUUCGAACGAACUUGGUGCCGGGCAGCCUCAGGCUGCAAAGUUGGCUAUGAGGGUAGUCAUGUGCUUGGCAUUAUCUUCAGGAUUCCUUCUGACCAUGGCCAUGAUCCUGCUACGCAGUGUUUGGGGACACAUGUAUAGCAACGAGAAGGAAGUUGUGGCAUACAUUGCUAAAAUGAUGCCGGUUCUUGCAAUAUCUUUCUUCAUAGAUGGCAUUCAUGGCUCUCUCUCAGGUGGACAACCAGAUAUUAUAUACAUACAUACUGAAUGCAUGAGUAAUUUCAUUUGGGGAAUCAGAAUAACAAUCUUGUGUAUUUCAACACCAUUUUCAGGUGUGCUCACAGGCUGUGGCAAGCAAAAAAUCGGUGCAAUCACUAAUCUGGGCGCAUUCUACUUGGCAGGCAUCCCCAUGGCCGUGCUGCUUGCCUUUGUCUUCCAUAUGAAUGGAAUGGGCCUUUGGCUCGGCAUGGUUGUCUGCGGUAGCCUCACCAAGGUGCUCUUGUUUGCAUCUGUUGCAUGGUUCAUAGACUGGAACAAGGAAGCAGUGAAGGCAAAAGAUAGGGUGUUCAGCUCAUCUCUGCCAGUGACAUGAAACUUGAAGCACUGUAUGGAUCGGUAGAGUGUAGAUCGACAAGAUAGGGUGACAGUGACUGGUCUGCAGGGGAGUUGCCGAUGAGGGUGGUUGCCGAUGAAGGGACAGCUGAAUGUGACUAAGUCCAUGGGUGGUGACGCGUUCAUGCCAAUGGUCAGCGUUAGCUUUUACCGGUGGCUACGAUGAGGAGUCUGCUGAUGAUUCGGAAGGAGAACCUGAAGGUUGCCGAUUGGUCCAUGGUGGUGUCCCAGU